AGAAAGAAACGGAUUGUUUGUUGACAGAGGCAACUUCAACCGCCUUUCUUCUUCUUCUUCCUCCUUAUAGCAAUCGAAAACGCUUUCUACUUUUUUCUUGCUUUUUUUAAUUCAAUGGGUACUACUAGUCGAGAUCUCUUCUUCAUCAUCUUCGCUCUCUUCUCUUCGAUUCUCUUCCUUCAGCUUUCCUCGUUACCGGAUCCCUCGUUUUACGAUUAUCUCCGGGAAAGCAAUCUUCCCGCCGGAAUAGUUCCAAAAGGAGUUACUAAUUUCUCGAUCGACGUUAAAACGGGUCGUUUCACCGUCGCUCUUCCUGUUCCUUGCGAUGCUAAAUUCGAGAACCAGUUCCACUUCGAUUAUAACAUCUCCGGCGUUCUCUCCGAUGGACGGAUCGGGAAUUUAUCUGGUGUGACGCAGAAGGAGCUGUUCUUGUGGUUUGCUGUUAAAGGAAUACAUGUGGAUCCGGAGAGCUCUGGGUUAAUUCACUUUGAUGUCGGUGUUGCUGAUAAGCAGCUUUCUCUCUCGCUCUUCGAGUCUCCUCGAGAUUGCACUGCCGCGGAAUCUCAACCUCGUGCGGUUGUUUUCUCUAGACCCCGUGAUUUGGAGAAGCAAUCUGAAGAAAUCCAAUCGACAAAGCAGAAGAAAUCUGAAGAUAUCCAAUCGAUAUUUGGACCACGAAGAAAUCGCUGGACAUUAGGAUUUUGAUUGACGCUUAGAAGGAAGUGCAAAGUCUUCUGGUAUGGUGUGUCUUGUAAAAAAGUUUGGCUUGUAGUAGGUUUUUUUGUUUUAUACCAUAUCCUAUAGUAUCAACAGCAUAAGCUUUCAAUGACUGCAAUAGACAAGCUUAGGAGGCAUGAAUACUUGGUUACGGAUUAUUAGGGGUUAAGACAUAUAUACAUAUAUGAUAUAUGCUUGUGGGUUUUCACCAGAAACUGUUGUGUUUUUGUUAUCACAUUCUUUUCUUGGUUUUUACUUGGUAUAAGAAAGGAUGUUGAGGAUACAUGAAUCGUUUUAUGUUAUGGUUAUUAACAUGUAUGGAAGAUGAUUUAGAGAAAAUGAGAUUUCGAUUGUAGUA